GGCCUACCCCUCAAGACAUAUUUACGUGCCCAAACAACAGAUGAAACUAAAAUACGUCAUGUGUGCAAAAUGGAACUUCCCUUCUAGAAGGAUUGAAAUACCUGCUUGCCACUCUUUGUUUUCAACAAGGAAGUGGUUUUAAAUUUCACUAAUCAGUCCACAAAGAAAAGGAUCAUGGACGACAGACGAAUGCAAGUGCUGUGCUCUGGUCUCCUUGCGAAAUCUCCAGCAAAAUGUAAAGCUAAAGCGAUUUUUCCGAAAUGCUGGCAACUCCGGUGGUGUGUCUUGACACUCGUUACAAGAAUCAACGAUGGGCAGUGUCAGGUUUUUCUUUACUACUACAAAGAUGAGGACAGUUUCAAAACGAACCAGCCGCAUAAAGGAUCAUUGGACAUUAAGAACUGUUUGAAAAUACAGAGUUGCUAUGAGUCGCAAUCUGGAUUUGACCAUCUAUUUAGCAUUGAAUGCAAUGAUGGGAAAUUCGUCAAGUUCUCCGCACCAUCGUGCAGCUUGAAGUCACAGUGGAUACGCAAUCUUUACUACUACAAACUGUACUUUAGCCAAGAAAAGUUGGAUUCAUCCAGUUGUAAAGCAGUUGGAAGAUCGGAAAACAAGAAUGAAACAGACGACUCAGCCCGCCGGUCCAGGUUGCAAAGUAGCGGAGGAGAUUCUGGAAACUUUUCACUGCAUUCGUUUGAUCUCGAGGCUGCCUCUGGGGAUGAUGCUUCAAAUGGCGAGGGAAAAUGUCCAAAUACUCAAAAGUUUUGGAGGCAGAAUUCACGUAUUGGUUCGUUGUCGACUCUUCUCGAGAAGAUUGUAAUUGAUCAACCGGAGCUGCGACCAGAUUGUGGUUUGAAGUCAGGUGCUGGGGAGGAGGAGCAACUUGAAAUGCAGAAGGUUUACAGCGAUUUAUUUAUGUUAUGCGAAACAUGUACGAAAAAUCAAAAAAAGAGAAGACCUUCGAUUCCAAGAAAAUGGAGUCAGAAGAAGCGGGAAAGCCUUCACAUGAGCAAAGACAGAGAAAUUCAGUCACCUGGUAGCAAUUCGCGCCAUAACAGCUUUGAUUUGGCAGACAAAACGUCAAUGAAAAGCGGAUCAUCAACCGAUUCUAGCUCAUUGGAUACUGAACCCUUACCCGAGAAAGUACUUUCCAGUGGACAUGAGUAUACAGAAAUCGAUGAAGAUUGGAUGCAAAAAGCUCUGAGUCUGCCUUAUCAUGAAGACGAUUACGAUGACGUUGGUUAUGUUAAAAUGGAUGAUUCUUUCUUGGAUGAAGUGAACGAAGCAUUGCAGCUUUUAGAUGCGAGGGACACACCAAACACCAAUUCUGAAGACCAAAAUGUAUCGAUUGUUCCUGGAAAUACCAACCUUCAUGAAAACUUGAUGCUACAAAGUCAGAUCAAAGAAAACUGCGUGUUUGAAAUGACGAUAUAAAACUUAUUAAGUGACUUGUUGAGAAACUUUAAUGUUUUGGUUUUUUGUACUGGUUCGAAAAUAUAGAUACGAUUGGAAAACGAUGGGUCUAAAA